AUGCCAGACCCUGAAGCAGAUCCCCCGCUCAAUUACACCAAUUCCCGACAAAGUUCAAUCGUCGAGGAAGAGGAAGAGGGAUUCACAUAUCCAGAUGGAGGCACCACAGCCUGGUUGCAAGUCCUAGCCUCACACUUGAUCAACCAAAUCGCCUGGGGUUACCCCUCCUCAUACGGUGUCUACCAGCUCUACUACACCACCACCCUCAGCCUCCCCUCAUCGCAGGCAUCAUGGAUAGGCUCGAUCCAGAUCUUUCUCACUUUCGGCAUCUGCGCGCUAUCGGGCCGCCUAGCCGACGCAGGCUACACCCGUCACGCCGUCAUCGUCGGCCUAUUCAUGGCCGUGAUGGGGACAUUUCUAACCAGUUUCUGCCACGCAUACUGGCAAAUCUUCCUUGCACAGGGUUUAUGCACCGGACUCGGGAUGGGCAUCAUGUUUAUGCCAGGGAUCACCAUCGUCGGCUCGUAUUUCAAGAGGCGCAAGACUCUAGCGCUCUCCAUUGUUACCACGGGGACAGGCCUCGGCUCUGUUACAUUUCCUAUUCUGCUGAAUUACACAAUGCCUCAUGUGGGCUUUGCGUGGGCUGUGAGGUGUCAGGCCUUGAUGAUGUUGAUACUUGGUGUUAUUGCGAUUGCGCUGAUGAGACCGCGGCUGGCGCCCAGGAAGAAGGGUCCUUUGAUCGAGUGUUGGGUGCCUUUAAAGAACGGUCCUAUACGUGUUUCGCUAUCGGGAGCUUCUUCGUGUUUCUGUCUCUUUACUUCAGUCUCUUCUAUUCGCGUUCUCUCCGGAUUCAUAGCUGGGCGCUAUCUGGGCUCGAUAAAUAUGUUCAUCAUCAGCAACGUGGUUGUGAGUGGUAUGUACUUUGCAUGGAUUGGAGUCCACACGAGUCCUGGGCUUUACGUCCUUAGUGUCUUCUUCGGCAUCGCAAACGGUUUCGUACAAGGUGUCUUUACACCUGCCCUGGCGAGUCUGACUGUAGACCCCACGAAGAUGGGAGCACGCUUCGGAAUGGUCGCGACAAUUGUGGGUGUGGCUUCCUUAGCAGGGCCUCCUAUCGCUGGCGCGAUCCUCGACGUGUCGGGUGGAAAGUAUAUCUGGGCGCAGAUCUGGGCGGCUGUGAUAACUUUGUUAGGCGUUGGAAGUCUGUUUGCUGCUAGAAUAGCGGCUGUUGGGAAUGUCUUAAGAGCAAAGGUUUGA